UCUCGUGCGGGUGCAAGAUAUUUGCGCCGACAAAUCAUUGCAUGCGGGCAAGCCUUAAGCAAUGUCAAAUGUUUGGUUGGCUACACUGAUUUAUCAACGUUAAAACAAAACUGCUGGGAGCUGUUUUCAAAAUUCAAAUAGCGGAUAUUGUCAAAAUCGGCAUUUUAGAGUCGUAGGCUAGCCCAUCGAAGCUUGGUUAUAGUUCUUAUGCCGUUUAUUGUCUGCCGAGGAAACGCAAGCUGUUUCCUCUUGAAGUACAGUACUGACUACCGUUCUUAUCGGUAGGCGCACAUUUCUAUAGCCCAGUAUUGUGAGUAAAGUGUGAUUAGCAUUAGAAAUCUUUUUGGCGUGCAAUACAGAAUAAAUGAGCACAUUUGGUGGCCGGAUGCAAGAAAUCCCUGAUGUAUCUGUGGAUAAUUUUGAAAACGAGAAUCUACUAUCAACAGCUUUUUUUCUUAGUCAUGCACAUACGGAUCACAUGAGAGGCUUAAAUGAUGUUGCUUUCUACGAACGGCUGCUAACUGCGGAAAAGGAAGGCUGUACUGUGUAUUUGUAUUGCUCGGAUAUUACACGUGUGUACUUAAUGGAUAUGAAAUUUAAGAAGGGUAAAAAGCACUUAAUGAAUAUGGGUUUUGAGAAAAUUGAUAAGUAUAUAAAAGUGCUGCCACUGGGACCAUCACUAAUAGAUGUUCCUUCCCCAGAAAACUCUGAUAGUAGGACCCUUGCCGUCACCUGCAUACCAGCUGGACAUUGCCCAGGUUCUGUAAUGUUUUUAUUUGAAACUGACAAAUUUAAUGUUCUGUAUACUGGAGAUUUUCGAAUUUUACCUGAAGAUAUUUGCAAGUUCACAUCUUUAAGAAAUGGGCCGUCUCUAAAGAAGAUCCACACACUUUAUCUUGAUACCACUUUUUUGGAUACAUGUUACUAUUAUUUUCCUUCCCGUGCAGAGAGUGCCUCCACAGUUUGCAACAGAAUCUGUGAAUGGCUUCAGUUGAGCCCCAGACACACAGUUGUGAUUGAUUUACCAGCUCGUUGUGGAACUGAAUUCAUCUUUGUGAAAAUUAAAGAAACUUUAGGUAUUAAAGUACAUGUGAACAAUGAAACAUAUUUACAGUACAAAGGAAUAGAAGAGAUUCAUACCUGCUUAACUGAUGACUCUCGUUACGCAAGAGUACAUGCGUGCUGUCUCCGUGUUCAGAUGAGGAAACUCUUGAAUUCUUCUGCUGCUGAUGAUGCGCUUCUUCAGUUUCUGGCUUCUAACCGUUUCACCCCCAUGGGCGACCACAGCCCGGCUUAGCUCUUACAUGGCCAACAGCCCCGCACGCUACUUCAUCUUCUGUGGCCUUCCACCUCACCUCAUGUCUGCGGGAGCCUUCACUUGGCUGGUUCACCGACGACGACCUUGUAUGGGUACGGGAGUAUGGCAGGCAGCGAAAAUGGAGUCCUGGACACAUCUUACGACACCGUGGCCAACGCCUGUAUGAAAUCCAGACAGACACGGGUGUUGCAGUGCGUCAUUCGGACCAGCUUCGGCCUCGUGUGCCGGCCACGCCUCUUCCGGAUGUCGCUACACCUCCUUCGGUUCUGCCUGAUGCUCGGGAUACUGGAAUCUCUCAUGACUCACAACGCAGUCCUCUCACCAUCAUAUCGGUGCCAGCACAAGAACUGACACCACCAGGAGACGUGCCCAUGCAGGAACCAGAUGACCGUCAUCUGUCGGAGCAACUCUACUCGCCUCCUUCUACUACGGACGCAGACACAUCGCCCAUGUUUCCUGUUAUAACAACCGGACUUGCCGCAAUGGGCAGAUUGGUGCACGGGGCCCCAGCUGAUUCGACCCCCACGUCUCCUGUCAUCUUGACUCGUUAUCAUGGGAGACACUUCCGUCCGUACGGGAAGCCGCCGCCUCGAGACUUUACGGCCAGUCAGACAACACCUAUGGACGUUAGCAAUCUACAGGCCACCUCCAUCAAGACCUGUGCAAAAACUUCAAAGGGGGGAGAAGUGUUGUGACUCACCGAUCUUUCAAAGUGCCGCCGCGCAGUUACGCGCGUCCUCAACAUGCGGUGCUGUCUGCCAGCCAAGCAGCAGCAGCACCACCUAAGUGGCCAGCCGGCCAG